AUGGUGGCGCCAACACCACUGGGAGGACCCCUGGGGGGUGCUGCCCCUUCUGAGUGGGAUCUUGGGAAAGCCACCAGCCGUGGGAGGUCUCCUGGCGGCGCCGCUUCUGGGAGGAUCCCUAGUGACGCCGCCGUCUCUGGUAAGGUCCCUGGGGACGCCGCUAUAAAUUUUGGGAGAGUCACUGUCCCUGCGAAGGUCCGUCUGGGCGCCGCCGCCCCUGGUAAGGCUCCUGGAGGUGCUACACUCCCUGGGAGUGUCCCUGAGGAUGCCACUGCCUCUGGGAAGGUCCCUGGGGGCACCACCGCCCCUGAGUGGGCCCUGGUAAAGCCACCACCCUUGGGAGGGAACCUGGGGGUGCUGCCGCCUUUGAGUGGGACCCUAAGAAUGCCACCACCCCUAGGAGGGCCCCUGGGUGAUCUACCACCCAUGAGAGGGCUCCUGGGUGAGCCACUACCCUUAGGAGUGCCCCUGGGGGCAGUGCAGUCACUGAAACGGCCUCUGGGCGCACCGCCGUCCCUGGGAAGGUCCCUGAGGGUGCCGCUGCCCCUGGGAGGGUCCCUGGGCGCCACGCCACCCCUGUAA